AUGAUAAUCUGCCUGGAUCUGAUGAGUGAAGAAGUACCAGAAUGCGUCAUGACACCAGAACAGAAGCUCGACGCUAUCAAGCGAUCUCGAGCCAUCUGGAUGGAAAUUGUGAAUGACUGCAGGGACGCCAAGCGCGCCGUAAAAGUACUCACCGCAGUGCUCGAGAAGCUGUCUAAGAAGUUCAUGUCCAAUGGUAGUACAACGGCUGGCCCACCUGCUCCUCAAGCUUUUGCGCCUGUCCCGCCAGCCUUCACACGAACCAGCCAGAACAAUCAAAACGUUGACUCUUUGCGGAAUAAUACGUACUUCACUAACUGUGUUGGUCUGGGCGUGCCUGCCGAGGAGCCGGCCUCGAACAGCAAUACCCUGAUGCAAGACAACUUCCUAGACGUAUUCAGCAGCGAUUUGACCGCACCAACUGAUUUUGACUGGAAUGGCUGGGAUCAAUUCCUCGCAGGCCAGUUGCAGCACGAGGAUGUUGCUGGGCAACUUGACGCUCAAUAUAAUCAAGGAUUUAUACCUCCUGUGGACGUCAAAUGGAAUUUUGCUUCCUAUAUUGGUGCAAGGAACAAUAAUGUUUAG